AUGGCCGUACCCCGUGCCUUGCUGCCACAGCUGGGGCUGUCCCUGUGCUUGGCUCUGUGCCUUUCUCCUGCCUUUUCUGCAAGUUAUAAUGAUCCCUGCAUGGUCUUGAAUACAGUCGUCACCUCUGACAACUCAGGAAUCAGCACUAAGGCUGGGGGCUCUGGCAGGAACAGAACCUACACAGUGUCCGUUCCUGUGAACAGUUCCGUCAGUGCUGUGAUUCUGAAAGCAGUGAACCAGAACAACAACACCACGGUGGGCUCCUGGACUGGACCAACUCAGGAAUGCAAUGACACCAGUGUCCUCUAUCGAGUGACGUCCUCAAACAACUCCAACUUCCAGGCAACGUGGAUAGCUCCUGAUUCUGAGGAUGUGACCCAAAUCGACCUGCAAGUCUCCAUCGUCAACAACAAUCGCACAGCUGUAACGAUGUCAUCUGUGAGACUGGAACAGAUAACAACACCUGCACCCUUGAGCCCCACCCCUGAGACUUCUGGGAGCAGCCACACCACAACCAUGACUAUGGCCAAGAGCCAGUCCACAACCAUGAUUACAGCCGAGACCUCGGCCAUGACCACAGCCCACACCACAGCCCACACCUCGGCCAUGACCACAGCGCAGACCACGGCCCAAAGCCUGGCCGCCAACGCCCUCGGCAGCCCCCUGGCAGGUGCCCUCCAUAUUCUGCUUGUUUUUCUUAUCAGCAAACUCCUCUUCUAGAGGAGACGGAGGAAGCCAAUCUCUGACCUACAGAACGUCCUCCUAAAGCUAACUCCAGGCCAGUGCUUCCGUGUGAAUGAAGAUUUUUAUGUCCUCAGCGUGCAACUCCACCACCUCGGACCACAGACAUGUGAUACGAACUAGUGCGUUUGAGCGACACAGACAUUUGCCAGGAUCUUUCAGGGCACAAAUUCUGCUUUUUGUAAAUACUUCGGCCAGUCUAGUUGU